GCCCCAGCUCGUUUCCCCUCCCCUUUCUCUUUCCUUCAGCGUGAAAGUGUUUCGACAUUCUUUCCUCUCCUUCCACCAAACGACCCACAUACCUCACCACUCGCUCUCUCCAACAGAGCGUUUGUUUGCGUGACCGCCUACUGCUCAACACAUUCCUUCUCGAAACACACAGAUCAUCGUCGACAUGGCGUGGCAACCAUUCCCCAAGGAGGAGGAGAAUGCCUACGAUGUCCUCAUCGUUGGUGCUGGUAUCUCCGGUAUCAACGCCGCAUACCGUCUCCAGGAGCGUAACCCCAACCUCACCUACAAGAUCAUCGAGGGCCGCCACGAGAUCGGUGGCACCUGGAGUUUGUUCAACUACCCAGGUAUCCGAUCCGACUCGGAUCUCUACACAUUCGGCUUCGCUUGGCGCCCAUGGUCGGACAACUCGUCCAUCGCCUCCGGCGGCUUGAUCAAGAACUACGUGACCGAGUCUGCUCGCGUCGCCGGUAUUGACCAGCACAUCGAAUUCAACACCUGGAUCAGCAAGGCCGCUUGGUCGACCCCAGACAAGACAUGGACCCUCCAGGGCACCGCUGGUGAGAAGAAAGAGCCACGCACAUACAAAUCGCGCUUCCUCUUCUACUGCACCGGUUACUACAACUACCACGAGCCCCUCCAGGCCGACAUUCCCGGCAUCAAGAACUUCAAGGGCGAUGUCAUCCACCCACAGUUCUGGCCCAAAGACCUCGACUACACGGACAAGGAGGUCGUCGUUAUUGGUUCCGGCGCCACAGCCAUCACCGUUCUGCCCGCAAUGGCUGACAAGGCCAAGAAAGUCACCAUGUUGCAGCGAUCUCCCUCAUACGUCAUGUCCAUUCCUCGUGAGGACCCCAUCGAGAAGAUCACUCGUUUCUUGUGGUGGUGGGCCCCCCCGAUCCAGUCCUGGCUGCUCCGCACCAAGUGGCUCAUCACUCCUUUGAUGCUCACCAGCUUCGCCGCUCGCUACCCCGAGACUCUGCGCAAAAUCUCGCACUCACGCAUGGCUGCCCAGCUCCCCAAAUCCAUCCCUCGCGACCCGCACUUCACUCCCUCUUACCGCCCAUGGGAGCAGCGUAUGUGCUUGUGCCCUGACGGUGAUUUCUUCGCCGCUCUCCGUAGCGGCAAGUGCGACGUUGCCACCGGCCACAUCGAGAACAUCACCGAGACUACCAUCAAGCUCAAGUCUGGUCAAGAGUUGAACCCCGACAUUAUCGUCACCGCCACUGGUCUCAAGCUCAUCUUCGCCGGAGGUAUGGAUGUCACCGUUGACGGUAAGCCGUUGAACAUCCCCGAGAAGUUCCUCUGGAAGGGAAUCAUGCUCCAGGACUUGCCCAACGCGGCCUUCUACAUUGGUUACGUUGAUGCCUCGUGGACCCUCGGCGCCGACAGCACUGCUCAGCUCUUGUGCCGUAUGAUCAACACCAUGGCCAAGGAGGGUGUCACCGAGGUCGUGCCUCGUUUCACCGCCGAGGACAAGGAGACCGUCCAGGAGCAGGACCUCCUCCGCCUCAACUCUACCUACGUGACCAGAUCCAAGAGCGUCAUCCCGAAGGCUGGUGACCGUGGCCAAUGGCUCCCUCGUUCCUACUAUUUCAAGGACAUCUUGACCGCGUGGUACGGUGACAUCAAGAGCUCCGCCGAAUGGAUCAAAUAGAUGCAAUGUCAACAAGCGUCUCAAGUCGAUGUUGGUUUCAUACAGCAUCGCCUCCAGAUAAGAGUUUUGCCGGGAACUGCGAGCGAGUAUCAUCUCGUUGUCGCUGCCGUUGAUGAGAGACGAUCAGGAGAACUACGUAAGCCGACUAUCUACCACUGCACCAGCAUCAAGUUCGAACAGCGGAUAGCCGUCGGCUGCGCAGUUUGCACCCACUAUUUGGAACAUAUCCGGACACUGUCCAGUUCUACACCUUGACAGCCAUCAUGAAUGGUUGGCCAACGUUUUUUGAUGUGUGAGGAUAUUUGCUCAUACCGCACUUCCAUCGUCAUGUUUCGCACGCCGAAACCUUUUCUUUUUGUGUUUGAAUGAGACCAGUAGAGAGGCAGUUUGGAAACGCCAUCGCCAUCUUGGGAGAUGGCAUAUGUCGGUUUAAUGGAGUUUUCGGGA